GUUUAUGGCCCCAAUCAGUUCCCUGAAAAGAUGAUUCCAAAAUUCAUUCUCUUGGCUAUGAAAGGGAAGCCUCUUCCAAUUCAUGGUGAUGGAUCAAAUGUCAGGAGUUACCUCUAUUGUGAGGACGUAGCAGAGGCAUUUGAAGUCAUUCUGCACAAGGGUGAGGUAGGCCAUGUGUACAACAUUGGGACAAAGAAAGAGAGGAGGGUGGUUGAUGUGGCUAAGGAAAUUUGCCAACUCUUCUCUUUGAACCCAGAUACUCAAAUAAAGUUUGUUGAAAACAGGCCGUUUAAUGAUCAAAGAUAUUUCUUGGAUGACCAGAAGCUGAAAAACUUGGGAUGGUCUGAAAGGACUUCGUGGGAGGAGGGUUUGAGGAAGACGAUGGACUGGUAUGUCAAGAAUCCCGAAUGGUGGGGAGAUGUUUCUGGGGCACUGCUUCCUCAUCCAAAAAUGCUCAUGGUUCCUGGAAUUGAAAGAAAAUUUGAUGGUACUGAUACUGGCGCUUCUGCCUUCUCUUUGUCAGCAAGUGAUUCUAGGGAGAGCCACAUGGUUGUUCCACCUCCAAAGAACAAUCCAUCUACUCAGAAGCCAUCUUUGAAGUUUUUGAUUUAUGGUAAAACGGGGUGGAUUGGAGGCCUUCUUGGGAAGAUUUGUGAGAAGCAGGGGAUACCCUAUGAGUAUGGACGAGGGCGUCUUCAGGAACGGUCACAGCUCUUGGCUGAUAUUCAGAGCGUUAAACCAACCCAUGUUUUCAAUGCUGCUGGAGUGACUGGGAGGCCCAACGUGGAUUGGUGUGAAUCUCAUAAACCAGAAACAAUUCGGACCAAUGUUGUCGGUACAUUAACCUUGGCUGAUGUCUGCAGAGAUCACAACCUCCUGAUGAUCAAUUAUGCUACUGGUUGUAUCUUCGAGUAUGAUGCUGCCCAUCCAUCAAGAUCAGGAAUCGGGUUCAAAGAGGAAGACACACCCAAUUUCACUGGCUCAUUUUAUUCCAAAACCAAGGCCAUGGUUGAAGAGCUUUUGAAGGAAUAUGACAAUGUUUGCACUCUUAGAGUCCGGAUGCCAAUAUCAUCUGAUCUCAGCAAUCCACGCAACUUCAUCACGAAGAUCUCACGGUACGACAAAGUGGUUGACAUUCCAAACAGCAUGACCAUCUUGGAUGAGCUUCUACCCAUUUCAGUUGAGAUGGCCAAGAGGAACUUGAGGGGCUUAUGGAACUUCACAAACCCCGGCGUUGUGAGUCACAAUGAGAUUCUGGAGAUGUACAAGAAGUACAUUGACCCCAGUUUCAAGUGGACUAACUUUACACUUGAAGAACAAGCCAAGGUUAUUGUUGCACCAAGAAGUAACAAUGAGAUGGAUGCAUCUAAGUUGAAGAAAGAGUUCCCUGAAUUGCUUCCAAUCAAGGAAUCACUGAUUAAAUACGUCUUCGAACCGAACAAGAAGGCAUUUUCUGGCUGAGCAGCAAUUCAAGUGUUUCAUGAAGUAGACCUCAAUACCAAUUCAUGCAUAUUUUAUUUAUUUAUUUUGUUCUGGGAAAUAGGGGUUUUGUUAUUUUCAUGUGGUGAUUAUUGUCAUGAUCCAUCUGUCUCAUCCUAUUGGUUCAAUUUGUUUUCUGUAAUAGCUAUAAGUUUGUUUCACAAGUUGGUACUGUAGGUUCUAGUUUGGAUAAGGAGCUUUGGAAUUGCUUCAGAAUAUUUAAAUUUUAAAAGGUCUUCUGUAAGUUGUGGCAUAUUGUAAUUUCGGAUAUGUAAUAAAGAACAUGUAAUUUUGAAUAAUUUAUUCA